AUGUCCACAGCCAGGACUGGCACCACAGAGACUGAGAAGACAGUGGUCAAGUCCACCUCCCAGUCCCAGUCCAACCCAGGCAUUCCCAGCAGCAGUAGUUCUACCAUACAUACGUUCCAGUCCAACCCAGGCAUUCCCAGCAGCAGUCGUUCUACCAUACAGACGUCCCAGUCCAACCCAGGCCUUCCCAGCAGCAGUAGCACAACCAUACAGACGUCCCAGUCCAACCCAGGCAUUCCCAGCAGCAGUAGCACAAACAUACAGACGGCCCAGUCCAACCCAGGCCUUCCCAGCAGCAGUAGUUCUACCAUACAGACGGCCCAGUCCAACCCAGGCAUUCCCAGCAGCAGUAGUUCUACCAUACAGACGUCCCAGUCCAACCCAGGCAUUCCCAGCAGCAGUAGCACAACCAUACAGACGUCCCAGUCCAACCCAGGCAUUCCCAGCAGCAGUAGCACAACCAUACAGACGUCCCAGUCCAACCCAGGCAUUCCCAGCAGCAGUAGCACAACCAUACAGACGUCCCAGUCCAACCCAGGCAUUCCCAGCAGCAGUAGUACAACCAUAUAG